AUGAAGGGUUUCAGACAGAGAGUACACGACCAGUUGUCGCGGGCGAAGGACAACAAGUCCUCGAAAAAGAAAGAUUCCAACUCGCAAAACCAGUCCCUUGGUAUCUCCAGUGCGCAGCAGUCUAGUUCACCCAACCAAGGCACACCAACCUCCUCCACAACAUCUCUCAAUGAUUCGCGAAACAAAUCUCCGGACAACGCUUCCCCCGCCGGAGCAUCGUCUGCGGGCGCACCCCCGGCUCAACAGUACAUACCCCAACCGGGAAUAGCAGGCCAGCCUAUAAGCAAUGGACCGGGAACACCGACUAGACAAGGCCAGCCGGCGGCCCCUAGUGUCAUCAUCAGCCCAAGCGCACCGUGGUUGGAUCGCGUAGCACGUUCCUCCCCCGGUGCCGCCGAAACGAUGCCCGGAGAUCUUGCACCCCCCCGAAAGUCUCAUGUAUUCGACCGCCUACAGACAACUCCUAAGGACAUCUCGGAAGGAAUCCGAACCCCAAAACGCCAACAUUCGUCGCGAUUCGACAUCUCCGAUCAGCGCCAGAGAGAAUUAGAGAAGCUGCCGGGCUUCCACGAAGUGCCUCCUAAUCGGCGCCAGGAUUUGUUCAUGCAAAAGAUCGACCAGUGCAAUAUCAUCUUCGAUUUCAACGACCCGACAGCCGAUAUGAAGUCCAAGGAGAUCAAGAGACUGGCGCUGCACGAACUCUUGGAUUACGUUGCCAACAAUCGGUCGGUGAUUACGGAGCCCAUGUACCCCCGGGUGGUAGAGAUGUUCGCCAAGAACUUGUUCCGUCCUAUUCCUCCUCCUAUGACGCCCCAAGGCGAAGCGUUCGACCCCGAAGAGGAUGAGCCCGUUUUGGAAGUCGCCUGGCCUCACAUUCAGGUCGUAUAUGAAUUCUUCUUGCGAUUCAUUGAAAGCCAGGAUUUCAACACGAAUAUCGCGAAGGGUUUCAUUGACCAUCAGUUUGUGCUUUCGUUGCUGGACCUCUUUGAUUCGGAAGAUCCCCGGGAACGUGAUUUCCUCAAGACGACUUUGCAUCGCAUCUACGGAAAAUUCUUGAACCUGCGGUCAUAUAUUCGCCGAUCUAUCAACAAUGUCUUCUUCCAGUUCAUGUAUGAGACAGAGCGUCAUAACGGUAUCGCUGAGUUGCUCGAGAUUCUGGGCUCCAUUAUCAACGGAUUCGCCUUGCCGCUGAAGGAGGAGCACAAGCUCUUCUUGACACGAGUGCUUCUCCCCAUGCACAAGGUGAAGAGUCUGAGCAUGUAUCACCCGCAGCUGGCCUACUGCAUUGUGCAAUUCUUGGAGAAGGACUCCACCUUGACUGAAGAUGUGGUCCUCGGCUUAUUGCGCUUUUGGCCUAAGACCAACAGCACCAAGGAAGUUAUGUAUCUCAAUGAGGUGGAAGAUAUCUUCGAGGUGAUGGACCCAGGCGAGUUUGCCAAAGUUCAGGAGCCUCUGUUCAAUCAGUUGGCCAAAUCUGUUGCCAGUCCCCAUUUCCAGGUCGCGGAGCGUGCUUUGUACUUCUGGAACAACGAGUACUUCUGCAACCUGGUGAGCGACAAUGUGGAGACGAUUCUCCCGAUCAUGUUCGCGCCCCUUUACGAGAACUCAAAGGGACACUGGAACCGCACAAUCCACAGCAUGGUAUACAAUGCCAUGAAAAUGUUCAUGGAAAUCAACCCCCAACUCUUCGAUGAAUGUUCCCACGAAUACACGGAACACCAGAACAAUGCAGAUCAACGCGAGAAGACUCGCACCGACCGAUGGGACAUCAUUGAGCAACAAGCCAAAGAUCGGAAGAACGGCAUUCCUCCCCCACCACCCCCAGCGCUGGACGUGCCAGAGCCGAUCGAUGAAGUAGAGGCCAUGACUCACGAGAACCAAAAGCGGUUGAACACUCUGAAGUUGACGGAGGAGGCUGAUACUGCCAAGGAAAGGCCCAGCAGGGAAGGCACCCCUAAUUCGGUACGUCCUGUGCAUCUCUGA